GGGCAUUGAUUUUUAGUCCUGAAUCCGUUUACAUGCAAUGCUUCUCUACCGGGAAAAAAGUGCAGAACUCCCGUGGUAAAAACACAGCCGAUAAUGAGGAGUGCGUAAUGAGUUUUGCACAAAAUAAAACAAAUGAUCGUGGAGCUUUCUAGCCACUAGGUUUUAAAUGAGCGAAAACUGAGAAAGCCUUGAUUUAGAAAUAUCGCAUGUGUACACGGUGCGUUAUAGGAGACGGACGUGAAAAUUUCUAGUAGAUCAGGGAUUGACACUGCAUGCUAAUAAUAAAUAUUGGAUACAUUCAUUAUCGUUGAUUUUAGUGUGAAGAUAUAUGUUUAUCGCUCGAGAUAAGGCCCGCUAUUUAUUGUGUAUUCUGACGGGAGGCUGUGCGCCUGCUCGCGCUGUUGAUAAUACACAUUACUCGGUUGACCGUGAGUAGCUUGGUGUACCCGACUUUAUGAUACUGCAUUACGCCCCUUCAAAUAUUCACAGUCAAUGAAAAGCGAGUGGACGUUUCAAUAUUCGGAAUGGAAAACUAUUUCUCUAGACGAGGAGGGUACCCGGAAGUUCCAGUUAGAGACGUCCCGGAAAUUUACGUGGUCCGGACAUGCAAGAAACAAACCUGUUGGAGGGCCAGAAAAAAGGGCGCGAAAUUACUGUGUCUGGCCCUGAUCUAUGUCGUUUUUGUCGUCUGCAAUGUUCUUACUCGGAUGUACAACGAAAAUCACAAACAGGAAGAGGAUACGAACACCCAGAUUUCCCGGGUGAGGAGGGACGCGGCAAUCAAUAACAAUGGAUCUCUUGGUCAAGAAAGUGUGAACUGCACAAAGCGUUCUGUGGAUGAAUUUCAAGGAAAUUUUAUGUCCUUGGAGGAAACUCGAAAUGGAGGCGUGUUCGCCCACAUCUUGAUAGUUCUGUACGUGUUCGGAGCGUUAGCGAUCGUCUGCGAUGAUUAUUUCUGUGCGUCUCUGGAAAUCAUUUGUGAUGAAUUAAAUCUACAGGAAGAUGUUGCAGGUGCGACUUUUAUGGCGGCGGGAAGUUCAGCCCCAGAAUUCUUCACGGCUUUAAUAGGUGUCUUCAUCGCGGAGAGUGACGUGGGGGUGGGGACGAUUGUGGGAUCCGCCGUCUUCAACAUCCUGUUCAUAGUCGGUGUCUGUGGCCUGUUCUCUGGAAUGAUUGUGAGGCUAACCUGGUACCCGGUUCUUCGUGACUCGCUUUACUACCUCAUAUCCGUAACAGCCCUCAUCAUCACCAUAUACGACAACGAAGUGCAGUGGUAUGAAGGGCUGAUUCUGGUUUCCAUGUAUGUCGUAUACAUUAUUUUGAUGUACUUUAACAAAUCCAUUGAGCCGUUCAUGGAAGGACUAGUCAAGAAAAUCAAAAAUCGAAAACAUGCAAAAAAGCACCGACACGAAGAUCAUAACUCUAACCAGACCGAGGCAGCCAAACCACUGUACUAUGAAAGCAGCAUAGCUAAUCCGAACGGCACUCCUUCCUCAAAUGAUGACGAAACAACAUUUAGUGUUAAAAAAGAUGACGAUGAAAGCGAUAAAAGUGACGGCAACAGCAAUGAAGGGGACGAAAAAGAUUACCACCCUGCAGAGGGACAUAAAGAUUCUAAAGAAUACGAAUCGCCCUGGGUAAUUCCCGAAACCUUCCUGAAGCGUGUGUUGUGGGUGGCCAUGCUUCCCAUGCACGCGCUCUUCUUCCUGUCCAUCCCGGACUGUCGACGCCCCGGGAAAUGGCACAGGACUUAUCCAUUGACGUUCGUGAUGUCCAUCGCGUGGAUUGCAGGGUUGUCCUACAUUAUGGUGUGGAUGGUUACUGUGGCAGGUGACGCUCUAGACAUCCCGGAGACAGUGAUGGGGCUGACUUUAUUAGCGGCAGGGACCAGCGUACCGGACUGUCUCUCCAGUCUAUUUGUAUCUCGAGACGGAUUAGGUGACAUGGCGGUUUCAAAUUCCAUAGGAAGCAAUGUGUUUGACAUUUUAAUGUGUUUGGGUCUCCCAUGGUUAUUAAAGUCACUGAUAUUAGAGGAUGGAUCGCCCAUUCCCAUCCAGAGCGAGGGCCUGACCUACUCCGCCAUCACUCUUCUAUCCACCGUUGUAUUCCUCCUGGUCGCCAUGUUUGUGACAAAAUGGCGACUGGACAAAAAGUUUGGUGUCAUCUGUUUGCUGGUUUACUUGGUCGUGAUAGUCUUCUCCUGUCUGUACGAGUUGAAUGUAUUUGGAAAUUUCAACAUCGUUAAUUACUGCCCGAGGAAAGAAUGAAAAUCACUUAAUGUCAUGAUCAUCGAUGUUACUUACAAAUUGUGCAAUGAAUAGAACAUGAAACGCACUGAGCAAGUUUAUAGACUAUUGCAGAUAUAUCGAAACCUUUGUAAUCCGAUUGUAGAGGGAGAUAACUGUGAUGUCAUAGUAGACAGUGUUAACGUACAGUUUUAACGUGUAGUGACGAUAUGUAGUGUUAAGGUCAUACAUAACGUUUUUGGCAGUUUUGCUCUAAAAUCAUAUUUUCAUCUCCUCUAUAUGAAGAGUUGUUGUAUGAUUUCCGGUUUAAUAUUAGGUUGAUAUUACCACACUUUGUAUGUCGGUCAGGUUAACUCAGUAGAUAUAUCUCCUAUCUAGUAAUGCAAUGGUACCGUGUUUGAUCCCCGAUUGAUCUAAAUAAUUUACUCCUUUUCUUUGCUACAAUGACUUAGUAAUGUCCAUAUAUACAACUUUUUGUAAUACAUAAGAACUGAUUUUAUCUUUAUCAGGAACUAUCAGACUGUGUAAACUGUAAAACAAAUCUAGUAAUAAAAAACAUAGUUUUAGAAAUAACAUAAGGACGCAAGUGAAUUGUGCCUGAAAUGUCAGGAAAACUUUUAUAUCAUUGAGAAAUGUCGCGUGUGUCCUUAACGUACUGUGUUGAUGUACUCUGUCAUGAAGCAGAGAAUGAAUAAAACAAUAACCGGGAUACGCAGGUGUCGGAUUAAACGGGUUUAACUGUAUCCUUAAAAUCUGAAAUUUGAAUUUUACAUGCUUUGACAUUAAGGAUUAAUAACACAUUGUGACGUUUUCUUUAACGGAAGUACACCAUAGACUCAGAAAUAAAAUAAGAAUUAGGAUAUCUCUUCACAUGAAUGAUUAGUUCAAUGGUUUAAGGCGUUAGGCCGGGAAUCUAUAGAUGGCGUCCCACGGGGUCUUGUAAUUUUUCUAAAUUCUGUUAAACGAGGCAACAUUUAAUAUUUCCAUCACCGUAACUCCAAUGUUACACGUAUUUUGAUUGGUGCAUUAUUCUUCACGUUUAUCCCUGUAGUGCGACUCUUUCAUCUUGUACAGUUUGUAUUUUCUACAUGUCUCUUGUCUAUCUGGAGGUUUAUUUCAUAGAAAAAGAAAAUGUAAUCACGAGGGAAAUUUGAUGAGAUUUGUUAGUACUUAAAACGGUUUUCCCCUCAGCAUAUGACGUCACAAGAAAAGCACAUUGCACCAGCUUCGUAUUAAAUACAUAUUCGUUUUAAUUGAAGAAAUAUAAUCAUAACAUCAAUUCAUGAAUACAAAUUACCGGAAAUGUUAUGGUUUUUUGUUGUUGUUUUUUCAUUUUCGAAUCUGGUAUAUGCAUGCAGUUUAGCUACAGCACAUUCCCAGGCGAAUAGCCUAGUGCCAAAGUGUUUCGGGAUCCGGAACUUCAGAUAUGUGUGCCAGGAUCAGGAACUUCAAAUAAGUGUUUUAGGAUUCGGAACUUCAAAUAUGUGUUUCAGGAUCUGGAUCUGCAAAUAUGUGUUUUAGUAUCCAGAACCUCAAAUACGUAUUUUAGGAUUCGGAACUACAAAUACGUGUUUCAGGAUCCGGAAAUACAUAGCACGUUUUAUCGUAAUGAACUCGACUAUACAUAGAUAUAUCAAAAACACAAUACGACCGACAUUAAUUGGUCACAUAAUGAACAAUAAGUUUACACUGACGCAAUAUCGCAAGUUUGAGAGUCUGUCAUAUUUCAGUUCUAUGUCAAAUUUUGUUUUAGAAAUUUAUGAAAUCACAACAUAUUUUUUGUUGUGCUGUUCAUUUCAAAGCUUUGUAAAUGUGUCCUGUGAUAUUGGUGUAUCCACACCGUGGGAUUUUCAUUGUUUUAGACUGGAAUUUUCAUUGUUUUAGACUGUGGAAUUUUCAUUGUUUUAGACUGUGGGAUUUUUCAUUGUUUUAGACUGUGGGAUUUUUCAUUGUUUUAGACUGUGGAAUUUUUCAUUGUUUUAGACUGUGGGAUUUUUCAUUGUUUUAGACUGUGGGAUUUUUCAUUGUUUUAGACUGUGGGAUUUUUCAUUGUUUUAGACUGUGGGAUUUUCAUUAGUAUGUUAGAUAUAUAAAUAAUGAGGAGGGGGUUAAUCUUUGUGCUACAAUUAAAGAUAUAGAAUUGAUUAGGUUAGGUAUCUCAGCUCUGUAAAUGAUGAGGAGGGGGUUAAUCUUUGUGCUACAAUUAAAGAUAUAGAAUUGAUUAGGUUAGGUAUCUCAGCUCUGUAAAUGGUGAGGAGGGGGUUAAUCUUUGUGCUACAAUUAAAGAUAUAGAAUUGAUUAGGUUAGGUAUCUCAGCUCUGUAAAUGGUGAGGAGGGGGUUAAUCUUUGUGCUACAAUUAAAGAUAUAGAAUUGAUUAGGUUAGGUAUCUCAGCUCUGUAAAUGGUGAGGAGGGGGUUAAUCUUUGUGCUACAAUUAAAGAUAUAGAAUUGAUUAGGUUAGGUAUCUCAGCUCUGUAAAUGGUGAGGAGGGGGUUAAUCUUUGUGCUACAAUUAAAGAUAUAGAAUUGAUUAGGCUAGGUAUCUCAGCUCUGUAAAUGGUGAGGGCAUGUUUCAUUAUAGGUCCACGUUGUAAAUAAGGAAGUCAUCAGGACCCAUCGCUGAUAUUAGCAAUAUUAAAUUCAAUUGAAUUAUAGAGCUCGUGUUGUCUAAGGACAUAGAAUAUCACAAAGAUUUGUUAUAGAAUUUUGUAAACCUAUUUGUAAAUGUUUUAAAUAUUGAUAAAAAUCGAUGUUUGUCACAAAUUUUCCUUUGAAACCACCUUUAUUUUUUUGCGUUAUUUGCACAUCUUGAAAAUUCAAUUGAUAAACAUUACCCAAAACUGAAAUCCUUCAGAAACGUCUUUUUAUCGGUGCAUUACGCGUAUCAAUGACCUAUUUCCAUUGUUGUUUGAUUAAAUGAUCGAAAACCCCACGUAAACAGCAAAGUCCUAAAGGUUUGAGCAGUUGGGUCCUGCAUUGCCAAAAUUGAUUACAAUGUCAAAAUUUUACCAUCUUCCAACAAUGUUCAGUACGUAUGUUACGGUUUCUGAUGAUUUUAUCCAGAGUUCUUGUAUGUUAUAGAUGUAAUAUGUAUCUGAUAUACCAUACAUGUUAUAUUGUAUCUGAUAUACUAUACAUGUAAUAUUGUAUCUGAUAUCUAGAUACUACCAGAUACCACCAGUAUUAAACAGUACAACAUUGAUUUUUUUUUUUACGAUAAAAGAAACAAUUUUUGUCUGACAUUUGUACACCGGGCAUGCGUUGUUAAUUAUGAAGCGUUAAUUAAGAAGCAAUCAAUCACGUGUAGAUAAUGAAUAGUUCCGUGUAAAUAAUUGUUGUUUUAUUAUAGAUAUGUGUUUUCCAGUUGUUAUGAUUGAUCUCUAUUGUUAUUCAUGUGAAUUAGAUUUUAACUGUUAAUGAGUGGAUACACGCCCCUUUAUAUUGUGAUUUGAUCCGCCAGUGUACGGCGUGAUCCGCCCCUUUGUUUACCUGUAAUAGAGUGCCAAAAUUGGACGUCUGAAUAGCGACUUUUCCUAUCUGAUUUAAUCAGAUAACCAUUAGUAAAUGAUUCAAAUAAAGAACAUAUGAAUUCUA